AUGGUUGGAUGGGUGAAGCGGGCGCGUCCGAGCCGCGGCUGUAAAGAUGAGGCCGCGAACUAUGUGGCCAUGCCGCCAUGGUCAAUCUCGAGCCAGUGCCUGUCUCGAACAGAGCAACUGGCAGGCUUGGUGCGGUACGAGUUCUUCCAUGGGUUGAACGCAGGAGAGGAUGCACGACAUGAGAGGCUGAGGAGACACGGCAAGGCACAGGUGGCGGAGAGACAGGAGGAGGACUGCAGGACUGCAGGAGAGGAGGAGGAAGAAGACCGACGGAGAUAG